AUGGCAGCAGCAGCAGCAGCAGCAGCAGCAGCAGUAGCCAGCAGCAGCAGAGUGGAGCAGCGCGGCCAACGCAUGGCAGCAGCAGCAGCAGCAGCAGCAGCAGCAGCAGCAGUAGCAGCAGCAGCAGCAGCAACUGCAGCAGCAGCAGCAGCACAACCCUUUCUUUUCAUUGGAGCUGUUGCUGCAGUGUAUUUGUGCGAGGAGGGAACUGCAGGAAGGCAAGAAGUGAAGCAGCAGCAGCAACAGCAGCAGCAGCAGCAGCAGCAGCAACAGCAGCAACAGCAACAGUAG